AGAGCAGCGCAGUGAACGAGCGGACACGGGAGCGCGCGUAUUGGAAGGAAGGAGAAGAAGGAGCUGAGACAGAUCAGUCGCCAGCGGAGCCGGAGACGGCGGAUGAACGGAGUCCAGCGAGUCGGUGUUUUCUUUUUUCCCACCCAAAAAAUAAGGACCAGCUGUUGCAAAGAAUCAGAACUCCUACACGAAAAUGAUGCUCAAACUCGUCCAUCUCCUCAGCGUGUUCGUGUGCGCCAGUCAAGCUGCACUGCAGGUGUCCAUAUCCUUGAACAAGGUGGAGUUGAGCGUUGGCGAGUCCAAGUUCUUCAUCUGCAAUGCUAUUGGCGAGCCAGUAAGCCUGGACUGGUACAACCCGCUUGGUGAGCGCAUUACGCCCUCCAAGCGGAUGUCGCUUCAGACUGAGGGGUCACGGUCCAGGCUCAUCAUUUACAACGCCAUCAUUGAGGACGCGGGUAUCUACCGCUGCCAGGUUACCGAUGCCAGGGGUCACACUGAAGAGGCCUCGGUUGUGCUUGAGAUCUACCAGAGGCUGACGUUUCGGGAUGUUCAGUCACCGCAGGAAUUCCGUCUUGCUGAGACGGCGGAGGUGGUCUGUGAUGUCAUUAGUUCACCUGUGCCCAUUGUGGUGUGGUACUACCAGGACAUAGAGAUCACAGAGGAGCACCACAGCAGGUUCCGGGUGCUUCCAAACAACAACCUGCAGAUCCACCAGGUGACCAAAGCUGACGAGGGCGUGUACCGCUGUGAGGCCAGCGUGGAGGCCCGGGGUGAGAUCGACUUUGUGGACAUCGCUGUGGUGGUCAAUGUUCCCCCAGAGUUGUCAGUGUCCCAGCAGUCCUUCAAUGCCACAGCUGAUUACCAGGAAUCAGUUACCUUUACGUGCAUAACUUCUGGAUCCCCCGACCCUGUGGUCACCUGGCACAGGAAAGGGCAGCAGCUGCAGUCCUCAGAGCAGUACAUUUUCAACCGGCUGGAAGGUGGGAGGAGCAUGUUAACGGUCACUAACAUCCGACAGAGCGACGGAGGGACCUACUCCUGCAAAGCCACCAACAAGGCAGGAUCUCAGGAAAAGGAGCUCUUUCUCAAAGUAUUCGUCCUGCCUCAUAUCACCCAGCUGAAAAACGUGACGGCAGUGGAGGGCAGCGCCGCCAUGAUCUCCUGCGUGGCUGAGGGUGAGCCUCUGCCUGACAUCUCCUGGAGGAGAGCCAGCGAUGGACAGACCUUUGUGGACGGAAACAAGAGCCCAGAUGGACGUUUCGAAGUUCGCGGCCAUCAUGGGAAGUCGGUGUUGACCAUCAGUGGCGUGAGGCUCACUGAUUUGGGUCGGUUCGACUGUGAAGCUCUCAGCAGGAUCGGAGGCCAUCAGAAGAGCAUGUUUCUGGACAUUGAAUAUAUACCAAAGUUCAUGACCAACCGCACUACCAUCUAUUAUUCAUGGGAGGGGAAUCCAGUCAACAUAAGCUGUGAUGUGAUGUCCAACCCUCCUGCUACUAUGCUGUGGAGGAGAGAACGUUUCACCAUCUCUGUGGAGGGAACGAUCAACACGCGGGUGCACAGUGCACCAGGCAAAUCUGUGCUGGAGGUGACACCAAUGUCUGAAAGAGACUUUGGCCGCUACAACUGCACAGCUCGCAACAACAUUGGCGUACGAUACCAGGAGUUUACUCUGGCUCAGGCAGAUGUACCAUCAAAUCCAUACUCGGUACGACUAUCGGCCGUCUCUCAGCGUUUGGCUACUGUAACAUUCCUGAAGCCCGACUCUCAUGGUGGUGUGCCCAUCAGUUACUACUUGGUACAGUACAAGGAGGUGGGCUCAAUGGACUGGAGAGAGGUUAAGUCACACAGUGUUCAGACGACAGUGGUACUGACGGGACUAGAACCCAAUACGACGUAUGAGGUUCGAGUGGCGGCUGUCAAUGGAAAGGGUCAGGGAGAGUUCAGCCAUCUAGAGACCUUUCAGACUUUACCCAUCCGAGAACCCAGUCCCCCGGCGGUCCACGGGCAGAGAGGAGUGGGCAAGGCCUACCGGCUCGGGCUGGUCAAACAGGAUGAUGGCGGGAUGCCCAUUGUGGAAUAUAUAGUCAAGUACAAAACUGAUAAAGAGGAACAGUGGAUGACCAAGCUCGUCCCAGGAGUGAAUGAUUUCGCAGUGCUCCAGCCUCUACAGUGGAACACGCGCUACGAAGUGGAAAUCACGGCACGAAACGUCAAGGGCCUGUCCGAGCCGACCUUCUAUCAGUUCUUCAUGCCUCAGAAGCCUGAUAUUACAGCAGAAUCCCUGUUCAAAGGUCUGGGGCUGGGUGCAGUGGUGGGCCUUGGAUUGGGAGCGUUGCUGCUGCUGCUUGUGUUGGUGGAUAUCAGCUGCUUUUUCCUGCGUCACUGCGGCCUGCUGAUGUGUAUCACCCGCACGCUAUGCAGCAAGAAAACAGCCACCAGUGGCAAAGGCAAAGAAAUGGAGGAGGGCAAGGCCGCAUACCUGAAGCUACCGCUGAAGGAAGAAAACGGGAAAGAGUCUCUGAAGCCGGAUACAAUCGAGAUUAAAGUGCACACUGACAACAGCAUCCACACAAAGCCGGACGACAGCAAAGCAUAAUGGGACGGCCCCCUCGCCACCAAAAGAACAUUCGGAUCACGAGACCAAAACCCAGACAACCUACGACACUGGAAAAAAGUGGAGUAAAAUAGCAUAUCUGUUUCUAACAAUGCCCCUGUGAAAGGCACGUGUAAAUACAAAUACUA